AUUUAGUUUCUGGUGAAAUGAAAAGACCCGUAUGACAUAGCAAAAGGAAGUCGACUGGCGAUAGUGGGGGAAUAUUGUCAACAGCAGGAUAGACUGAAUCAAAAAUGGGGAAUGAAAACAGCCUUCCUAUGGAGUUAUGUUCUACUUUUGACAUGGAUGAAAUCAAGAGGUUAGGAAAGCGAUUCAGGAAGUUAGAUUUAGACAACUCUGGAGCUCUUAGCAUUGAUGAAUUCAUGUCAUUACCAGAACUACACCAGAAUCCCCUUGUUCAACGAGUUAUAGAUAUAUUUGACACUGAUGGAAAUGGUGAAGUUGAUUUUAAAGAAUUUAUUGAAGGCAUUUCACAGUUUAGUGUAAAAGGUGAUAAGGAGUCAAAGUUGCGGUUUGCUUUUAAAAUCUAUGAUAUGGACAAAGAUGGUUAUAUUUCCAAUGGAGAACUUUUUCAAGUUUUGAAAAUGAUGGUAGGAAAUAACCUUAGAGAUACACAACUACAGCAGAUAGUAGAUAAAACUAUCAUUCAUGCAGAUACUGAUGGGGACGGCAAGAUCUCAUUUGAAGAAUUUUGUGAUGUCGUAGGAAAUAUGGAUGUUCACAAGAAAAUGGUUGUUGAUGUCUAAGGUCAUGUCCAGUCUCAUUAACUUUCAUAUGUUUAAAAGCAAAAGUUCCAUCUGAGCUCUUUUCUUUUGCCAAAUAAUCAGCGUGCAUGUGUACAUAAGAAACCCAUCAUUUAAGGACAAUGUAUCCAUAUGCAGUUCUCUAAAUUUUAACAGCCAGUCCAUCUGUCAUAGUUAAGCAAAUCUAACUCUGUUUUCUUUAUUUCAUAUAUUUAAAAAAAAAAUAUAUUUUUGCAACAACUACAGAUAUGCAAAAGAAUGCUUUGUAGGCCUAAACAUGUUAAGAAAGUAUGGUUAUAAAAUAUUACUUUACUUUCUAUUUGAAGAAGUUACCACCAGAAAAUAAUUGAUAACUUUAAGAAAAGAGG